AUGUCUCAUAAACAGAUCAGAAAUGCCGUUUAUGAAACUUCAAGUCUACCGAACAUGCCAUACUUGGCUCAAAUUAGAAGGAACAUUGCUACAAUCAAAGCCACUAACCCUAACCUUGUCAGAAAAGAAUUGGAAACACACCAUCUGACUGUCAAGGAAUACAGUCCUAAUCAGUUGUCGCAUUUGCUCACUCUGGAGUCAGAGCUAAACCAUGCCACAACUGUGGCUAAGUCGCUGGCAAAUUUCAAAGCCCAACCUCAGAUCAAUCACAAGAUGAGGACUUUGAUCUUUGAUUUCUUGAUGUACUGCCACACAAGACUGAACCUAUCUACUUCAACUUUGUUCUUGGCUUUCGAUAUCUUGGAUAGAUACGCUUCGAAAUACGUCAUCAAGUCUUCGACUUACCAACUGAUUGCUUUGACUUCUUUGUGGAUUAGUUCCAAGUACUGGGACUCCAAAAACAGAGUCGCUACUUUGAAGGUCUUGCAGAGUCUGUGUUGCAACCAGUUCACAGUUAACCAAUUCAAAGAAAUGGAACUACAUUUGCUGAAAUCUUUGAACUGGUCUCUGUGUCACGUUGCUACUUAUGAUUCUUUCAUUGACAUGUUGCUGUUCAUGAAGACUAACGACGCCAACGACAACGAUUUCCCAAAAAAACUAAAUAUCAAUGAAAUCAAGCUUGGCGCCAUCUUACUUUGUGAACUUGCAUCCUUCGAUUUGAAUCUUGCUUUGAACUACAAUCAGUCUUCUAUUGCGCUAGCCGCAAUUACCGUUGUUUCAAUGUCAUUGAACUUUUACAAUUUGAAUCAAUGGGAAGAUCUGCAAAUGAAUGUCAACGAUGAUAACAUGGUUAACAUCUGCAAAGAGCUACUAUCUUUAGUGGUCAACAUCGAUUCGUUGCCUUCAAGCUUCAAAUUCAAAUACAUUUCUAGUAAGAUGCCAGCCGGUAAUUCCAAGCGUUUCUCUGGACGUGAACAACAGAAUGGUAUUCCAACUUCGAAAAGAAUAUUGGAUGCAUUACAAAACUACCAUGUCCAACUACAAUUGGAAGAAUUAUAUCGUUCUCAAGAUUACACCAAUAGUUACCCAUUUCCAACCGAGAACAUAUCGCCAAAUGGUUCGCCACUGGCCAAUACAUUUGAUGAAGCUCAGCCAAUGUCAUCGGCCGCCUCUUCAGCAUUCUCUUCACCAUCAUUCUCGCCAAAGAAUCCUGGCUAUAGCAAUAAUGCUAAUCACACUGCUAAUGAUGAAAACCAUGUGUACAAUCAAAAUUUAACGCUUAAUGAUCAUUCAAUGAUUCCACAACAAUCCAAUAUAUUGAGGAAAAGACAAGGUCUUAACUCAUCUGCAUCUAAUCUGUCACCCCUCUCGCUGGGUGGCAAUCCAAAUACCGCUAUGAACAAUUUUAUUUCUCCAUUUGCAUCUCCAGAAUUAUUUUCAUUUGCUCCUGUAAACAACUCUAAUAACAUUCAUAAGAACUUUUCGCUAAACAAAUCGCUAAGCUCAUCCUCUGAGUCAAUAUUCACACCUCAAACUUCAUCAAGAGUACCUUCAAGAUCUGGCUCAAUAUUCUGCCUGCCAAUUACCCCAAACACACCUUCUUUACUGCAAGGAAAAAUGGGUAGAUUUCAUGGUGGUAGAAAGAAUCAAUCCAUCUCUUCCAUUAACGAUGGAAAGAUGAUGAGUUUAAGAAAUAAUCAGUACUUGUGUCAUGUAAGUAAUAAAUCAUCUAUUUCUUCUAUGGGCUCUAUAUCAUCAAACUUUGUUAGAGGCCAUCACAAGAGAGAUUCUUCGAGUUUAGAUUUGGAUUUUUUCCAAGCGGAAAGAUCCUGUAAGAGAGUUGAUAGCAGGUAG